AUGCGCAGAACAAUGGCGAUCCUACGUGACUGUAGCGAGGAGAUAAGUCACCUUUCGACUGCAACACAAAACUCAUACUUAGCAAACAUGGCGUCGGCAGCAGGAUCCAAGUUCCAAUCAUUCAUGAACCACCCUGCGGGGCCAAAGACUGUGUUCUUCUGGGCACCCCUCAUGAAAUGGUGUCUGGUAGCCGCCGGAUUGAAAGACCUCUCCCGUCCAGCCGACAAGAUCUCCGUCCCGCAGAACGUCGCCCUCGCCGCAACCGGCAUGAUCUGGGUGCGCUACUCGCUCGUCAUCACGCCGGUCAACUACUCGCUCGCCGCGGUCAACUUCUUCGUCGGCUGCUCCGGUCUGGCUCAGCUGUAUAGGGUGUGGGAUUUCCGAAGACAACAUCCGGUGCAGGCGGCGGUUGCGGAUAAGAAGAACGAGGUCGAGGGCAAGAUCAGCAAGGAGAACCUGCCGAUGACGACCAAGUAG